AUGAAAUUUGCAAAAAAUAGUUAUUAAGAGAUGAUGAUGAUAAAAGUGUUUCAAAAGAUAGAAGCUUUCUUUAGCUUCAAAAUGUUGAAUUAUAAAACUUGUUAGCGAUAAGCAUAAUUUGUGGAGACAUUCUCGAAACCACAUAAUGAAGAUUAUUAAAAAAAUUCUGAUUCCUCAUGCACUGGCCAAAAUUGCAAGUUAGUAAAUGAAUUCAAUGAAAUUUGUGAAUGUUAUGGAGAUGAAUUUAAAUUUGACCUGAAUAGAGUAUUAAAAUAUGCUUUAGAUUUAAAAAUAUGUGGGUAUUGUUAAAAAGAAUGUUGAAAUUUAUAAUGUUCAAAUUGUGCUUAACUUUGACAAAAGUAAAUUACUUAUUGUGAUUUCUGUAUAAAAUAGCAGCAAUGCUACUACUGUUAAUCAAAACAAGAAGUUAAUUCUGAUGAUGGUGAAACAAAAUAUCAUCGUGAAGUGGCUUGUAACUUUUUUGAAAACUUAUAUUGUUUCAAAUGCUUAUAGAGCUUUUCAUAUAUAAAAUGGUCUUCACAGAAAGAUUAUGUAAAAGGAGAAUGUGACUGUAAGGAAUGCGAAAAGAGCUGAAAGAUAUUACAUUACUCAGAAAUAAUUAAAAUAUAUAAAUUUAUUUUCAUUCAUUAUAAAUUUUGUUUUCAACUAUUAUCUUUCUUUUCAGCAGAUACUAAAGAGUGCUCUAGCCACAAAAAAUAAAAAUCAAUUUCUAUACCUUUUUUUUUAUAGCCUAGUAAUGAUUGAAGAGUUUCCUGUAAUUUAUAUUAGUUCCCGUCCUAACAUUACCUUUAUAAUUUUACAUUAAGUUUUUCUAAUAUUUUAAAUUCUUGCAAAGCAUAAUAUUGGCUACUUGCUUAUCAUUUUUUAGAAUCUGAUGAAAGAUAAAGUUCAAGAAAAGAAAAUGUUUCAAUUUUAGAUGUUGAGAAGGUAGAUGAUGGAAAGAUAUGAUGAGAAAAUAUAUUUAUAUUAAUAUUAGAAAAAGUUUUAAUGGAUUUAAUUAUUAUUCUUGUGUUUUGGAAAAUGGAUAACAAAAAUUAUUAUUAUCUUAUAAUUUAAGAGUUUACUCAGCCUUUCUUUCUUGAUUUAAGAAUUUUUUUGAUGGUAGUUUUCAGUUUUUAAUUCCAACCUAUCUAAAGUGAAAAGAUUCCCAACAUUUAUCUCUUUUCCUUAAUAAAACUGUAUGAAUUAUAAAAACUAUUAAUUAAUUGAAUGAAUUCAGCAUUCAGGCAAAACGGAAACUGUCCUAGCCUCUUGUUUUACUGAUAAAAUUGGAUACAGAGAUAAUGACCUCUAUGCAGGAAUUUAUUAUGCAGAAUUAUCAAAAGAUUAUAAAGCAAAGGAUUUUAGUGCACUUGGAAACCUAGCUUACAAAUACAAGCUUAGAAUUACUUAUAAUGGAAAGUCAGUUAUUGCAGAGAAAGGAGAUGUAGGGACAGACGGUCCUUCCCAUCCCAAACUUGAUAUCCACAUAAAAGCCCUUCAAGCCCUAGGUUUAACAAUUUGUGAUAAUUUCCUAUAAAUUGAAUACUUAGGUUGA